UUGUGAUAAAUUAACAAUGAAGCGUUGCUAUGCAGAACGGGAAGUUAUGACAAUGUUGGGAAAAAACUUCUUAUGCGAUACUAAAACUGACGGAGGUGGUUGGAUUCUUAUCCAGCGUCGAAUUAAACCUGGUGUGGAUUUUGUAAGAAACUGGGAAGAAUACAAACAAGGCUUUGGCACGUUAACUGGUGACUUUUGGAUUGGAUUGGAUUUCAUCUACUCGCUAAUUACGCAACACAGUUAUGAGCUGAGAGUUGAUAUGAAGUAUCAAAACAGAUCAUACUACGCCAAAUACCACACCUUCAGCAUUGCAAAUGAAGCCGACAAAUUCCGUCUCACUGUAACUGGCUGGUCUGGAACCACUGGCGAUUCAUUUUAUGCACAGAAUAACAAGCAGUUCUACACAAUUGACAGGCCUAGUGCAAAUACUUGCACUGAACAUUACCAAGCAGGCUGGUGGUGGGGCAACUGCUACAGUGUAUUCUUAAAUGGUCUAUGGAAUGAGACACGCCGAUGGAAUGGCAUUCACUGGGAUUCACUAGGUCAGGGUGUCACCACUUUACAGUCCGCGGAGAUGAAACUUCGAAAGAAGAAUUAUUAGUGCGGUUGUUAAGGGGAUAUGCGCGGUAAAAAAAAAAUAAUGGGUCUCUUGUACUUUUGGAUACUUGGUCCAUUUUCGAAUUAAGAAAAUAAUAACUUUAAAGAGAAACAAAAUUGUAUGUGUUUAAAUUACCAUUUUUAUGACCCUAUUAAUUAAAAAAAUAAUCAAUGUUUCCCAAUCCUAUAAGCUCUCUAUGAAAAGUUUUAUAUCCGUCAUAUUAUUGUAUUUGGCAUCACUGGAAAGCUGCAUUUCUCGUCUAUUUGAUGAUCCUAUAUUCCAUCAUCUCGGAAACACCCAAAGCUUACCAUCGGUUUUGCAAUUUACACAGAUAUUGGUACUUUCGUGACCUACUUUUUGUUACUUUUGGCUGUUUUUCUCUGUUUGGAGGUUUUUAACACUAUAAAUCCUACUACUUUUUUUUAAUUUAUUAAACAAUACCCACCAAUUUUUCAGUAAUUGUUCUUUUGGCUAAAAUACAACUUUUAUCCCGAGGGAUUGUGAUGGCUUUCAUAGAAAAAUGUAUUUGGUAAUUAAAAUGCAAAUUUUGAAACUUUUGAAUACUAAUAAGGGUACGAAUUUUUAUAUUUUGUAAAAUUGUUACUAGUAGCUAUUUUAAAAAGUUGUCCUGACAAAGGUUUUAAUAUAAACUGAAAUAUAAGCAAUUUAUAUUUAAUUGCUAUAGGUGCAUAAAUACAAAUGCAUUAGCAUUUUUUUUUAAAGUACCGACAAAUUCAAAAUGGCGGAGGUUUUUUGGGUUUCCAUGACAAACAAAAUUGUUUUCAACCCUUUUUUCUGUUAAAUACUUAAUUUCAUGUGCCGAACAUGAUAAAAGUAUUCAAAAGGCUUAAGAUCUUAAAUUGUAAAAAAUAGAACAAACCGCGCAUAUCCCAUUAAGGGAUAGUUGUACCAUCUACCAACCAGAAUUUCUUUCAGACAUAUAUUUGAGGGGGGGUGUACUUGAAAAUGUUGAGGCUAUUGGUUCAAGUAUAUAUUCCAUAUAUCAACGUGCAGUUUUUUUUUUAUUAUUUCAACAGGGAGAGGGCUUAGACAUUUUUCAGUAGAAAAUGCGGGGGAGGGGAGAGAUCUUAGCCAAUGCUGCCAAUCCCUUGAAGAGAUGCCUGAAAGAAACACUGCUAUUAUCUUUAAAAUUAUGUUGCUUAUAUGAGUCGAAUUAGUCUUAAAUCAAUUGAAUUUUGAUUUCUAAUACUAAAAUGUUUCAAGAUUCAGACCACAUACUGGUCAUGUUACUGUCAUUUAAAAUAGUUGUAGGAAAAUAAUUAUUUUGCAUCAUGAAUUUGAAGAAAGUAAAACUUCAC